CUCCUUCCUUCCUGCAGCCUCGGCCCUUCUGCCGUGAAAAAGGAAGAUGAGAAGCAGCAGCAGUCCGCCGACACCGAACCGACCCUGAACCGAACCUGAACCGAGUCUGACUUCCAGCGGAAUGGCGGCAGAGCGGCUGCUGACGGACCGGAGGCCGAGCUCAGCUGCUGUUCCCCGGCCUUGAACCCGUCACGACCGCCGCUGGAGCCUGGAGGAGCGGCGGGUGGAGCUGCAGGCUGCCGGGCCGAGCCGAGCCGUGCUGAGCCGAGCUGCCGUCAUCUCCCGCCCUGCUAACGAUGCUCAGCUAGCUGCAGGACUCAAGCCUCGACUGCACCGAACCCUGAAACCAGACCCGAUCUCCCCCUGCCCCCCCUUUCAGUGUCCCUGCAGGCUGCAGCAUGGAGCGUACCGGCAGCAUCCAGCUGGACAUCCCCGACUUCAGUAACUCGGUUCUGUCUCACCUGAACCAGCUGCGUGUUCAGGGCCGUCUCUGCGACAUCGUGGUCAACGUGCAGGGCCAGAGCUUCCGGGCACACAAGGUGGUCCUCGCCGCCAGCUCGCCGUACUUCCGGGACCACAUGUCUCUGAGCCAGAUGAGCACCGUCUCUCUGACGGUGAUCCGCAACCCGACUGUGUUCGAGCAGCUGCUGUCCUUCUGCUACACAGGCCGCCUCUGCCUGCAGCUCGCCGACAUCAUCAGCUACCUGACGGCCGCCAGCUUCCUGCAAAUGCAGCACAUCAUCGACCGCUGCACCCAGAUCCUGGAGGGCAUCCACCUGAAGAUCAGCCUGGCUGACCUGGAUGAGGAGCCAAUGGAGGAGGAGGCGGCGCGGGGCUCCAGGGGCAACAGGACCCUGGAGGCCGUGGUGCGAGGAGGCGGCCAUCACAGCGGCCUGCGGCUCCUUGGCCCACGGGGAGGUGCAGAGGCGUGCGAGGCGGUCAGCCCCGCUGAGGAGCCGCUCAGCCCGCCGCCGACGGUGGAGCACAGUGGGCUGGAGGGGGCUGGGGCUGCCGCCGGCAGAGCGGGCAAAGAGCCGAUCCUUCGCAUUAACCGGGCCGGUCAGUGGUACGUGGAGACGAGCAGCGAGCCAGAGCGGACCGGCAGCGCUGAGGAGGGCAGCGGCAUGGACCGAGUGAGGAUCAAGACGGAGAGGAUGGAGGAGUGGAUCGGAGCAGGAGAGCACCAGGAGGAUGGGGGGCCGGUGGAGGAGGGGGCCACCGUGAUGAUCGACACGUCAGGACGCAGCACACUGAUGACGGGGCCGGUCGGGGCGCUGGGGGCCCAGAGAGUCCAGCCGUCCUCCAGCGAGACAGACAGGUUCAGUCCCACUGGCAGUGUGGUCGUCCUGGCGGAGCGUCAGAGAGCGAAGAGCGAGUCUCCCAGCAGGGCGGACGAGCAGCGACAGCCGAGCUCCCAGGGGGAGGAGCAUGCAGCGUUCGAUAUGGGUGGCUACGAGGACUACCUGAGGGAGCAGGUAGGAGACCGCUGGUUCCGCUACAAUCCCCGGCUCACCUGCAUCUACUGCUGCAAGUCUUUCAACCAGAAAGGCAGCCUGGACCGCCACAUGCGCCUGCAUAUGGGCAUCACACCGUUUGUCUGCCGCAUCUGUGGGAAGAAAUACACCCGCAAGGACCAGCUGGAGUACCACAUCCGCAAGCACACCGGCAACAAGCCCUUCCACUGCCAUGUCUGUGGCAAGAGCUUCCCUUUCCAGGCCAUCCUCAACCAGCACUUCCGCAAGAACCACCCGGGCUGCGCCCCCCAGGAGGCCCACAGCGCCUCCCCUGAGACCACCACCGCCUCCGUCACAUCCAGGGGAGGGCCGAGCGACGAGGCCUCCCCCAGCCAGGAGGAGCCAGAGGGUGGGGGUGGGAGCAGCAGCGGCGGAGGCCAGUACAGUGAGGGUCCCCAGGCCUCUGUCUCCACCACAGGGCCCGACUGACCCCGAGGGAGGGUGAAGGGUAGGGUCGAGGUUGGGGUGGGGGGUGACAGACGUGGAGGGCCGUCUCAUCCUGUUGCACCUGAAGCCAACAGGACGCUGAAUCCGCUGAAGUCAAAGCAGCGACAGAAAGGACACCUCAGAGUCUGAACUGAGAUUUUUCCGCUUUAAACCGCAUCUACCUUCACUAACCAAACCGAACAGAUUAAGCUAAAAUGAAGAAAUGCCACACACUCCAACAACCUCAUACACCACACAAUGCAGUGGUUCUCGUUUGCCUCCGUUUAGUUUGUUAUGUUACAGAUUUCUACUUUUAUAUUUACAGGUUCACAAUGCAGCAUCACAACAGUCUGUCUGGUGGAAACUUUGCCAAACUACUCGGUAAACUCUGUGCCAGUUUAACAGUUCAAAUCCUUCAUAUUUGCCUUGAGACAAUCUGGAGCAGCGAGGGUAAUAAUGAUAAUCCUGCGUGCUCUUUAAGUGCCACAACGGCAUAAAAAGAUUUAGUUGCACAACAAAAGGUUCAAUGAGAAAACUAUGACUGUUAAAGUUCAGAUCCAGUGCGAUCGACGUUUCUCAUCUUUUCCCGUUUUCCAGCUUUUGUGACGUUAGAACAAAUUUACUCUUUUUCCUUUGUCGUAAAGUUUAGUAGACCACCGUUUUGGGACGGAUAAAGGUCUCACACUACACAGCUUCACACUACUUUAACUCUUGUUGUACAACUUCACCAAGAAAACUUAAUCACAUCCUGUUCUCCGUCCUAAAUUACACAAAUUUGACCUCUCAAUCAUGGUCCCAGAUCAAAUGGUCCAGUUUGUAAAACUAUUAGAGCACAUGGAAAUUUGUCACCUCACUUGUCUGAUUAACAGUUAGUCAAAACCCAAAUAUAUUGAGUUUACUGUCACAUAAGAUGAAGAAAAGCAGCAAAUUAAGAUACUGGAACUCGGCAGCGUUUGCCAAAAUGAGUAAUUGGGAUCAAAAUAGCUCUGUUACUCAACAAACUGAUUAAAAUCAGCUCAUUCUCAGAAUCAUUCACCCACAUGGCAGCAUCCAACUACGAACGUCUAAAAUCGCCAACUGGAUCCGCAGUUGGUUUUGGAUUUGGUCAGUAACGAGAAUAUGUCGAGUCGGAAGGAGAGCAGCAGUUUAAAGUUGAAUCGUGCCAAAUCACCGUUUCAGUUCGCCGACUGAAGCUGCCGGGAAGGUUUGGCUCUGGUUCUGGCUCUGCACGUGACGCUUCAGUGGUUGUAAUGUGGAUUUUCUAGAUAAAAUAAUAAAUAUAGAAAGAAACGUAGAACCAGAACGUACGAGCUGGUUUCCAAAUGGGAGUGAAUGAGCGAGAACGGUUCUAUCGAAAAAUGAUCUUUUAUCAUCUGUACUAUAUAUUCUAAACGCAAAGUUCACUUAUUUAGCUAUUCCCGGAGCUUUUGACUGCAUGCCAUGGCCUUCUCCAGCGAAUCAAACCUGCUCAGGUGUUAUCACCUAAGUACAGGACUUCGGUCAGGUGAUCGCACAUAGGGGGACAUUUCAAGCUCAAGGACCCCACAGCCCCACCAAUACCUCGCCACCUGUUCGACAAACCCUGGAAAAAGGUCAUGGGAUGCAUUUGAAAGCUCUGGGAAUAAAUAGAUGAUGAUAUAUCGCGUCCCCGAGGAUAAAAGAUCAGUGUGAGAAUGAAUCUCCACACUGAUCUUUUUUCACGCAACAGUCAGAAUGAAAAGCGAGGAACUCCGAUCGCACUGGAUUUGUUAAUUUGGCUGUAAAAUGAGUAUAAAUUCUUCAGAUUAAUGUUUGAGUAUCGUGGCAGUUGAACUAGAUUAGAAAGGACCAUCUGGCAGCCUGUUGACUGAACAGACUCACAGCAGGAAAACUGGACGGUGUCCAGCCUCAGAUAAGCUACACAGCUCAGUUACCUCUCAUCACUACGCAAUACAGCUGCUGCACUGCACAGCACCACCGGGGGGCGCUCUGAUCCACUCACACAGAGAUCACCGUCAGUCUUCUCAGAUAUUUUUAUAAACAAGCAUGUGUUUUUUGAUUUUCUUGGACACUUUUUUGCUCUGACAAUGUGUGCGACAGACGACAGAAGCUUCAUGUUCGAGGAGGACGAGGAGAAAGUGUCGCGACCUGAUCAGAAACUUCAGCUGCAGUUAAUGACGCAUUAAAUCUGCUGCACGUCGUCGAGUAAAAAGACUGAAACGCAAGCAGAACAAGUCAAACAGAAGCUACAGUCAGUAAAUAACUUUGAAUUCGGUCAGGGAGACUAAACAGAAAACGAUAGCUGUGUCAUCAUCAAAAUGGAGGCAAGUUAUGCUAACAUUAGCUUUUUUUUUUUUACCGAUCACGUACAAAUUGGAAGUUCUCUAUUAUUAGGAAUCAAUUACAAACUACAGAUCCCCGUUGCUAAAAGAGCUCAUAUUCGUGACCUAGCCAGCUACAACUACAGCUGGCUAGCUCUCGAAUAUGAGCUACGCCUAACAGCAGCUUCCAGCGGGUCGACAGCGGACCAGGAUGAAGUCACUGACGGCGCUGUUAAAAAUUGCAAGGACACUUUUUUUUUUUUUUUUUAAUUAAUCGCUGGCGUUCCAUAUAUCCAUUUCAGAAAAUUGGCAACCCCACACAAACUGUACUCUAGUACAGAGCAGGUAAUUCAUUUCACACCACGGACCUCCUUUGCUAAAACAGCUAACGUUUGUAAGCUAACUGAUGUUGACUAUUUAACAUUAGUUGGCUUAAUUUUCUGUAUUUCUGACAUUAAUCUACAAGCUAACUGAUUUUUUUGCUUACUCAUUAUGUCUGUCUGUAUUCUACUGACUCAGUACUAUUUAUAAUUAAUUACACACAGCAGACCUCCAUUUUUAAAAGAGCUAAUGUGUGUGUGUUAGCUAACGUUUCAGUUUAUAUCAGUUUCAUCCCUGUGUGUCCAGUACAGAAAGAGGUCCAGGGUGUGUUUAGCCUAGCUUAGCACAAAGACUGGAAUCAGGGGGAAACUGCUAGCCUAGCUCUACCAAAAGAGAAACAAUCUACCUUUAGCUCUCCACUGCUUCUGUACAGAGUACAGUUGCACAUGUGCAGGAGAGGUAAUGCGUCAUUGCGUCAGAUGGUUCUGAUCGUGUCGACAUUGGUCGGGUGGCGACAGGAUGAGGAGCCAGAUCCUGUCGGACCAGAUGGAUGUAGUAGCCAGGCCGUGGAGCUGGACAAAGAAACCCCCUCCAGAGGUCAAAGUUCACCUUCUGGUGGGUGGGCGGAGGUCAGACCACCUGGCAACCAAAGGAAAGACAACAUAGCCACGUUGGCCCUCCAAAACGGCAAAACAACUUCAGCACUUACCAGAAAGAGAGAUGGGAUCAAAAACAGAACUUUUUAUAAAAACAGAACAAUAUAAAAUCUACACAUAUUAUCAGACAAACAUAUUUAAACUACUAAGAUGUUUUUUUUGCAUAUGAAUAAUGUAAAGAAGCUAGGAGUUAAAUUCAGAUGUAUGGUAGGUAGGCAGGUAGCACACGGAUCGGCUGUUACUGUUUUUCUACAGAGCUGUGAAUCAGAUUCUCAGUGGACGGUAAAUUUUUUUAUGCAAGUGAAGCCAGCGGCUCUGUCCUCACUCCGGCUGGCUGGACUCGAGUUUUCCUCUCGCCGCCGCCGCCGCCGCACUCGCUCUUCAGGCUAAACCAGGAACUAUCAGGUAUACAGACUCUUUUUAUUCAGUGAAUCGGACGUUUACCUUUCCCUACGUAGCAGAAUGCUAACGGCUAAACCUCAGCGCGAGCUACACGCCGCAGAAAUAAAACUCACCUGUAAAUAAACUCAACAGCAGCAGGUAAGAAAUCCCUGUGAGUCACUGCGGAGGACGACAAAAACACACAAACCAGGGCUGGGCAAUACGGAAUAAAAAUCAGUAAUCACGACAACCACAAGACCUCUUUGCAAUGUACCACGGACACAGAAAAUACUGGUUUCUGAUUGGCUGCAGGUAUGCGUUAAACUCCUGGUCAGUUUAUGACUCGUUUUAAAUCCGUUUCGUGGUGACCUUCACCUCCACCUCGUUCUUUAUCUUCAUACAUCAGGACGCCUUGUUGUGCUGGUUUAUGAUUAUUAUAUUAAUAUGUUAAGAACUAAAAACUAAUUUUCAGCUGAAAAUACUGCAAAUAUUUAUAGAAAACUACAAAUGCACAAAUAUUCAGAUACAAGUUACACAUUUUUUUUUACUUCAUCUUAUUUACAUUUGUAAAUCUAAAUUGCAGUGUUUCCAUAUAAGGCUACUGAAAGGUUUGCACACUGGGACUUAUGCAGAAAAUAUUAUUUAAAGAGUAACUCAACACCAGGCUGAAAAGCAGAGCGAAGUAACGUAAGCUGUAACACAACUUCCAAAUAUCGUAGAAAAGGUUUCAGUCGUAGUCGUCUGGACGCUGUUUUCAGAAUCAAGACGUUUCGGCUCCCAUCCGGAAGUCAUUCUCAAUUGUGAAAAUGGUCUGAGAACUCAGAAAUUUAAGCUACUCUGUUACAUAAGCCCCGCCCUCAGGAAGGAGUCUACCUGAGUAUCUGCCCAUUUCUGUUCAAAGAGGGGUUUUCUUUUUUCACAAAAUGGCUUCUUUGACUCGUCUUUCAAACCAACUCUUCUCUCUACUGAGACUCUUCACCUCGUUGCCUUCAAAUGUGCGGUUUGUAGCUUUUAGAUGCAAACGCACGGCGCUCUGCAAUCCUGAGUUAGCGUGUCGUCUGUGCUGAUAAAGUCUUUUGUGAAGUGGCUGUUUGGUCUCACCUGUGUACCGCUCUUUGCAGUUUUCCUCACUGCGUUGAACUGAAUAAACUACAUUGCUCUGUUUCUGUGUGGGCAUCUUGUCCUUAGGGUGAAGAGUUUCUGUCUUAAAGUGUUGCCCGGUUUAAAGAAAACAGGAACAUCGUGCUGUCUAAAGAUCCUUUGUAGUUUUUCAGACAGUCCAGAUACAUAAGGGAUGGAGACACCGUUCCUUCUUGGUUCAGUUACACUAUUACUGGGCCAUCAUGGAAACUAUUAGGCCAGUUUCAGGUGAAACUAGCUAAUCAACAGAUACUCAGGUAGACUCCUCCCUGAGGGCGGGGCUUAUGUAACACAGAGUAGCUUAAAUUUCUGAGUUCCCGUCCAAUUUUUCACAAUUGAGAAUGACUUCCGGAUGGGAGCCGAAACGUCUUGAUUCUGAAAACAGCGUCCAGACGACUACGACUGAAACCUUUUCUACGAUGGAGCACUCCUGGACAAAUGAGGGACGACACCGUCAUAACUUCCAAAUGUAAGUUUUAGGUAGCAAACGUUAAACUUACCUGCCGAGGUAAACGUAAUCCGACUUUGUUUUAUUUCUGUGUUUUAGAGAUAGUUUAGAAUGAGCGGGAAAUAUCUGCUCAUGCUAAGCUAACUGACGUUAUUUGGUCAUUUAGGCUAAUUUUUAUUGCCGUUAUGUUUUGUAAUUUGGUAUAUUGACUUAUUUUUGUGAAUAAUUUCAAAUCUUCCCAGUUUACAUCAUCAUCACACAGGUCAGAUGUGUCGACUGUAUUUCAUAUGAUUCUAUAUAAACGAGUCAUGUAGCUGAUUAAGCUAACGUUUUGUCAGUUAAGUUAGCUAGGAAACAGUUGCCUAGCUAACUUAACGGACCUGGCAGUUAGUGUACAAAUUAAUAACCCUACAUAAAAACUAGUUUGUGUGGUGCAGCCUGUUUUAAUUUAGUAAUGUUUUAAUCAACACUUCUGUCAUAACCAGGUAAAGUUUGAACUUACAAAAUGCUGGUGCAGCUGGCUCCUGGUUUAGGAAGCUUUUUCAUUAUUCAAUAACUCGUUUCUUUUAUAAAAUGUAAAAAAGUGACCUUCUGAAGAGGUCAACUUAAAAUUUCUUUCUUAAUUUGAUCACCAGCCAAAACAUCCAGAAAUAUGAAUUUGAUCAUAAUAUGACAAAUAGGAAAGAAGGCUAGUCUAAUGUAGCAGCUGACGUUAAACAGGCUGACGGAGGUCUCGGCCCGAAACGUCCGUUUACGUUAACGAACAUUUUCUGGAUUUACUGCUGUGUGCAAACUUUUCCGCUGUCUUAUGGAUCCGUUUUAAAAGGAGAAAAUUGUUAAGCGUAUUUUAAGAAAUCCAAGUCCGGCUUCAUCAGCGUGUCGUACCGUUAACUGACGAAGCAUCGGGAUUAACAAAAUAAACGAAGAUGUUAACACAGUUUUCGCGUUAAUGAAAUGUUGCCCAGCUCUGACCGAAACGCAUUCGUCCUUCAGAAGCUCGGGAACAAACGGACCGAACUCUCAGUGCGGCAAAGAGGCCAAACGAUUAGUUUAAUCAGAAUAAAUUCCUACAUCUGAGUUCUUUUGGCUGCUGAUCAAAUUACGCAAGAAACUGUAACUGUAAGUUAACUUGGCCACGAGGAAAAUCUGAACGUUAUUUUUCACGUUACAGACUAAAUACACGAAACAAAAACCUCCUAAACCAACCUGAACCGGUCCAGCCCGGGUCCAGCUUUCUCCUCUCCGCACUGAGGCGUCGUGUCUUUUUGUUUCCAGCGAACAGCAAAUCACAUUUCAAGCCGGUUCAAGUCAAGAAAAAGCUGCUUCCAGAACAGCCGGUCCGGUCUGGUUCUGUUCAGUCCGUCCGGUCCGGUUCGGUCCGGUCCGGUUCGGUUCAUUCCGUUUCGGUUGGAAGGGAAGUCGGAUCAGAGUUGUUUAGGCCCGACUCCACAUGAACCCCCAUGUUUUUUAACCUGAACUGAGUCUGAACACGAUUAUCGGGAACCAAAGAAUUCAAAAUACUGUUUGAUCAAUACAGACUGAUCAAUACAGACUGAACACAGGAGAAAAUGAUUGAAUUAUUCGGUCUGUACUGAUCAGUCUGCAGUGGUGCAGCAGGCGUAGAUGGUUGAAUAUGAACAUUUUGUGUAGAAAUUACACUUUUCACUGAUGUUUAUUAAGUUCAGCACAUUUGAUUAAAAGAUUUAAGUAAAAAGUUCGGAGCAUCAGCUGGUAAAUGUUGUGAUGCUUCUCAACACUUUUUAAAAGUCUGGACCUGCUUCAUAUUUACAGUCCGUCUCCAGCUGAUGUUCUCCUUAACUUGCGGCUUCAAAUGUAAUCGGAAAAAUAUUCAGCCCGACGUAUUUGGUUUCAGACCUGCUCGAGAAUUUAAAACAAAUGUUUGUGGGUUUGAACAAAAGUUUAAAUGAGUUUUAAAGACGGGGCAGCGGAGAGUCAGUCACUCGCAGCUCAGAGUCCGACUUUUCCUCUUCGACGGUUCUUCAGUUCGUUUCAGUUCCAGUUUCAUCUUCAGUUAAACUGUGAAAACAGCCCAACCUCAUCAUCAUCAUCAUCAUCAUCAUCAUCAUCAUCACCCUCUGGUCUUCACGGUGUCUUUGAGUCGGUCGAGGCUCCAGUUCUUCUCUGAUCGUCUCCGUUUGCUUUACGCCAAACGUUGGUUUCACGUUUCUUCGGCUUCAGUCUGAAACUUCUGGCUUUUUGUUGUUUUUUUAAAACUUUUUACUGCGUGAAUCAAAUGUUGAGUAUAUGAAUAUCCAGUAUCCUUGACCACAACAUGCCUAAUUAUAAACAAAUCAUUUAGAUAUAUUCACUUAAUGAGAUUACUCUUUACUGUUGAUUCCUCAAAGUAUAUCCUAAUAUAUCGAAGCAGAAAAUGAGUCCAAGAAAAAAAGUUUAGUAAAUUAACUUUUAAUACUGUACAUUUUUUUUUUUUUUUUUAAAGAGGAGGUACUUAACACGUUCUGUAGUAGAAGACCCUGAAAGGUUUUAUGUGAAGAUCUUUUAUGUUGCAUGUCUCUGUUGCUAAAACAUGUUGGUGGGGGGUGGGGGAGGGGAGGGGCCAAAGGUUGAUUAUUAGUUAAGAAAAAUGUGAAGAAGCUUCUUUCACCAUGACCACUAGAUCACUCACAGGUCGCAUCUCCUUCAAAGGAAAUAAAGCACUUUAAGUGUC